UUAGUCAUCCGGCAUUGCCAAUCUUUCUGGCUACUUAGUUGUUGGUGUGCGAACAAUCGAAGCUGAGUGCAAGAGUUGGUUCUCCAAAGGCUUACAACAACUACGACAUAAUCUACAAACAAAUCAACACGCUUUCGCACGCACACCCGCAUCUGGUUCACCAACACAAAGAAUUGGCGGCAAGGACGUUAAUUAAUCACAAGUUUGCGGUAGUCAACUGUCAGCAAUAAGCGAGCAAUACCACUGCCAUAUACACACACACACACACACACAAAAUAUACACUUAACUUGUGCAAGCAACAACGGAUACACUGCCACUACCCUAGAAGAGAGGCUUAGCUGAGUAUCAAAAAUUGGCUAACUCCAGCUGACAGCGGCACAACACACAAAGCGUGUGUCAUUGAUGACGUGAGCGUAUUAGCAGCGCUUGCCACGUCAACAUAGCCAGCCGGCAAGCGAGCGCCUGCUGCUGACAUCAUUGUAAGCGCAGCAGGUAAUUAACGAACAACCACCGGCCAGGAGAGAGCUCAAAACUGAAAGUCCCAUCUGCUGCGGCACACAUCCGCAAACGCAUUGCGUGCACCGCCCGCAACCACUAUAUAUGUACACAACACACGACAUGUUAAGCCACAUAAAUAACAGUACAGCGAGUUGUUGUCAUAGCAACUAUAAAAUGCACAACCAGCGUUAUCAAGAAACGUGCGAAAGCGCAAGCACAAAGCAAAGCAAUCACACGCCACCGACGGCGCCGCAAAGACCACGCUACCCGCGCUACCAACGCAGCACAAGCCUCUCCGCAUUCAUGCUGCUUAUCACACAAUCGCUACUCCUGCUGCUGCUGCUUAUCGAUAGCAUUGCGCCUACAGCUGGUAACCCCGAUUGGAUGCAACGCUGCAGCAUCUGCCAUUGCAAUUGGAAUUCGGGUAAGAAAACAGCUGAUUGCAAAGCGCGCUCACUCACCGCCAUACCCGACGACCUGAGCAACGAGAUGCAAGUGGUGGAUUUCUCGAAUAAUAUAAUACCCGAGUUGCGGCGUGAUGAGUUCGCAGAUGCGAAUUUGCAGAAUUUACAUAAAAUCUUCCUGCGCAAUUGCACCAUACAAGAAUUGAAUCGCGAUGCACUCAAAGGUCUCACCAUACUCAUCGAGCUGGACAUGUCGCACAAUUUCAUACGUGAGCUGCAUGUUGGCACUUUCGGCGGGCUGGAAAAGCUGCGUAAUCUCGUCAUGAAUCAUAAUGAGAUCGAGGUGCUGGAGAAUUAUCUCUUUGUAGAUUUGCCAUUUUUGUCGCGCGUCGAAUUUAAGAACAAUCGCCUCAAGACGGUGGAAGUUCAUGCGUUCGGUCAACAGCCUAUGCUUUCGGCUAUCUACCUGGAGGCGAAUGCGUUGUCUGUGCUACGCAAGGAAACCUUCGCGCGCAUACCCAAACUGAUGCAUUUAUCGUUGGCGCAGAACCCCUGGAAUUGUACGUGCGAACUGCAAGCCUUUCGCGACUUCGCGCUCGCCAAUCGCCUCUACACACCGCCCACAGAUUGCGCACAACCACCAGCGCUGCGCGGCAAGCUUUGGACUGACAUACCGUCGGAGAAUUUUGCUUGCUAUCCGCGCAUACUUGGUUCGGUACGAUCAUUCGUCGAAGUGCAAUCGGAUAAUAUAACGUUGCCAUGUCGUGUCGAAGGCUCACCGCGGCCCAAUGUCACUUGGAUUUACAAUCGGCGCGUCGUUAAUCCAAAUGACCAACGCUUCCGCAUACUCAAUUCCAUCGAGCAGCAGCCACUCAUCAGCUCUGAUCCCACGGAGUCGAUCACUUCCGAGUUGCGCAUCUUCAACGUACGCGCCAGCGAUAAAGGUAUGUACACCUGUAUUGCGGAGAAUCGAGGCGGCAAAGCAGAGGCUGAAUUCCAGCUGAUUGUCGAUGGCGACUUCUUUGGUGCACUCGAGGGCAUGGGCGGUGGCAUCGGCGCUUCCACAACAGAUACACAAUCGAAUUUUCUACUCGUCAUCUGUCUGAUUGUCAUCACAGUGUUACUGCUGCUCAUGUGUGUGUUGCUCAUUGCCUGCUGGUAUUGUCGACGGGUACGUUCCUAUCAGAAAGAUACGACAAUGAUGAGUGAAAAUGGGCUGAUAUCAACGAAAAUGGAUAAAACCAAUAGUUCAAUGCUUGAGGGAUCGGUGAUUAUGGAAAUGCAGAAAAGUCUACUAACUGAAGUGAAUCCGGUUGAAAAGCCACCACGACGCACCGAACUGGAAAAUGUAGAUGGGAGCGAUGAGGGACAUGAAAUCAAAAAGACGCUACUGGAUGAAUCACAAUUCGGUAAGUAA